AUGGCUCUCAGCGCUUCAGUGAAUAUGCCGGCUGCGAAAUCUGAACUUUUGUCGACCAUGAGCACCGCCGGCUUCCAGUGGAAGCGUGCCCACCGAGUCUCCGGCUUGCUGCAGUCCACGUCUUUCUUUGGUCAAAGUACGCUGCGCACGGUUAUGCUCUCCCGCGCGAGUAAACCGCUACAGUCGUCUCGUCAAUACUCGUCGUUACUUCACGAUAACUCACGGCUUUUACGGAGACCAACCAGCAUGGGACUUUCCAAGGCGGACCAACAACACCGAUCUCUGUUUGGAGGAUUGUCGCAUAACUUGUUGGCUCAAAAGGAAAGGGCAGCAAACAGUAACCCUAGCAGCGCAAGCGCUCAGAACAUAUUUUACCAGUCCCUGCUUCGAGCCAACAUGCCCGCCAUUAUCGUGGAACGCCAUCGUACCGGUCAAUACGCGAGCAACUCGGCCACCGAGGCAAUCUACGCGCAGGCCAUCCAACGGCUCGGUGGCGAUGCCGCUGUUCACGGUGCCAGUCAAAAUUUGGACGCCGAACAAUUGCAAUCCGUGGGACAAGCAGUUGCAGCUCACGCCCACGGAAGUCAGGUUGGCAUGUCAACCAAGCAUUCAGGCACUGGUGCAAAAGAAUCUCCUUUGUAUGUGGUUGUCGAAGAGUCUCUUGGAAGCUCUGUUUUCCGCUGGGUCAAGUUCUUCCUAUAUUUUGGUUUCUUUGCCUACAUGUCUCUUGUUUUGAUUACCAUUCUCGUCGAAACUACCGGUUUAAUUAAGAAUGUUCGAGGCACCCAGACCAACGAAGCCACCCCACAACAGCAAAAGGCCCGUUUCAGCGAUGUGCACGGAUGUGACGAAGCCAAGGACGAACUUCAGGAGCUGGUAGAGUUCUUGUUGAACCCUGAGAGAUUCUCCACCCUGGGUGGCAAACUACCCAAGGGAGUUCUCUUGGUUGGUCCUCCUGGUACCGGAAAGACCCUGCUUGCACGAGCAGUGGCGGGUGAGGCUGGCGUUCCCUUUUUCUACAUGUCUGGAUCGGAAUUUGAUGAAGUCUACGUUGGUGUUGGUGCCAAACGUGUUCGCGACCUAUUCAACCAAGCCCGCGCCAAGGCGCCUGCCAUUAUUUUCAUCGAUGAAUUGGAUGCCAUUGGUGCGAAGAGAAACGAGCGUGACGCGGCGUAUGUCAAGCAAACCUUGAACCAGCUUUUGACAGAGUUGGACGGUUUCUCGCAAACCAGUGGCGUCAUCAUUCUCGCGGCCACCAACUACCCUCAACUCCUCGACAAGGCUCUGACUCGUCCUGGACGUUUCGAUCGCCGGGUCGUGGUUAGUCUCCCCGAUGUCCGCGGCCGCAUGGACAUCCUCAAGCACCAUAUGAAGAACGUCCAAAUCAGCACUGAUGUCGAUGUUGCCGUUGUCGCGCGUGGCACACCUGGCUUUUCAGGAGCUGACCUGGAAAAUCUGGUCAACCAGGCCGCCGUCCAUGCCAGUCGCAAGAGGCUAGACCGGGUUGGGCCACGAGACUUUGACUGGGCCAAGGAUAAGAUCAUGAUGGGUGCUGAGGCACGAAGCCGUAUUAUACAAGACAAGGACAAGCUGCUCACUGCAUAUCACGAAGCUGGGCAUGCUCUUGUCGCCUAUUUCUCGCCAUCCGCCACACCUCUUUAUAAAAUUACCAUCGUACCUCGCGGCAUGGCGCUUGGUAUCACUCAUUUCCUUCCUGAAAUGGACACCGUUUCGAGGAACUACACCGAAUACUUGUCAGACAUUGACGUUUCCAUGGGUGGCAAGGCAGCUGAGGAGCUGAUUUUUGGCCCGGAAAAUGUCACCAGUGGAAUUUCAGCGGACAUUCAACAAGCCACGGAAACGGCAUUCACCCUCAUCACUAGAUUCGGGUACUCGAAGAAGCUCGGAAACGUGGAUCUGUCGUCCAACUACGACAAACUGUCGUCGGAAACAAAGCAAGAGAUUGAAGGCGAGGUCCGACGACUGGUUGAAGAGGCGCGGGACCGAGCGACAAACAUCUUGACGGAGAAGCGAAACGAACUAGAACUGCUCACAAAGGCUCUGAUAGAAUACGAGACCCUGAGCAAGGAAGAGAUGGAAAAGGUGCUCAAGGGCGAGAAGCUGGAUAAGAUGCAGUCGCUCCCGGCGGCGCCGCUCAAGCUGCCAGACGCGCUGGCAACGACGAGGAUAAAGCCGGUUCCUCAGAGUCGCAAGACCGUCCGCCCCAAACGGCCAGAGUAUGAAGAUAGAAACGUUCAGCCACGUCUACCGGAAACUCGCGAACGAGAAUUAUCCGUGUAUGAACCCGGUCAGCAGCAGACAUUAGGGCACCUUCUGAAGCUGCCCGUCGAACUUCGGCGUCGUAUCUACGAUGCAGUCCUCGGCCAUCGGAAAGUCCACGUGUUAUUUGCAUUCGCGCCAUGGAUGUACCGUAAGCAAAUAACGGGCAAGAAAGAGAUCUUGGAGUGGCGAUGGUGGCAUAGUAUUUGUACCUCGGACCAAACCGAGAGCAUCUGGAGGGAUCCAUGCAAGAACAAGCCCCCGAACGGCAAGCCGAAGCUGGAUUUCGCGAUUUUGCUAACAUGUCGACAAGUGUAUUCCGAGGCAAUCGACAUCCUCUACAGCACCACCACCUUUGACUUUAGAACUCGCCAGCUCCUAUGCGCUUUUCCGUCUCUCGUCCUCCCACAACGCUUUGCGCUCAUUAGCUCCAUCGAGAUGGAAUGGGAGUUUAUUGACCUGGGUUUAUCAUACAGCAACGCGGCUGAACAGACUCGAUUGUAUCAGGACAUGUGGGCCAUGCUUGCCGCUAUGCCCAAUAUUCGACACCUCAAGAUCGCGAUUGGAACCUAUGAAUGUCCUCGUCCGGCACCGCCCGGCUUGAAGGAAGUCUGGCUAGGGCCCCCGAAGCAGCUAGGGAGAAUGGAGGUUUUUGUUCUUUUGGUUCCUCUUUCAUAUAUGGAGGUUUUGAAGCCCGGCGUUGAUGAGGGGGCGAAUUUUACGCUUGAGCCAUUCCAUGAUAUAUAUGGGGGGUAG